CCAAAGCUGCCAGCCAGAGAUACGCGUGUUAUUCACUUCUGAGAAGCGUGCACGUAAACAACUAUCGAACGCCGGCUUCCACGAAUGCGUCGUGAAUACCGGUCGGUUUUGUGCCUAAAGAUAACAGAAGGAUCGCAUCUCGCUUGUAAACGAUUGCUACCCGUGAAAGGACGCGCCAAGAUCGGGUUCGGAAUCUGUGUAUAACGCUCGAUUCAAUACUAAAUUUUGUAGAAAGAAACAAUUUGCGUUAAUGAAAAACUAGUCGAAUCUAAUUUGAAGUGUCAAGCAUAAACAUCGCGAGUAUCGACAACAUCGAAUCUUAAGCAAAAGUGAAAGAAAUAGAGAUGUCGGCCUCAGAAGUUGAUCACGAGAAGAGAAAGCAAAUCUCUGUGCGUGGAAUUGUUGACGUUGAGAACGUCGGGAAUUUUAAGAAAACAUUCAACAGACAUCUGCAUUACACACUUGUAAAAGAUCGUAAUGUGGCUACAAGCAGAGAUUACUUCUUUGCGUUGGCCCACAGCGUCAAGGACAACUUAGUGUCAAGAUGGAUACGCACUCAGCAAUAUUAUUAUGAGAAAGACCCUAAGAGGGUAUACUAUCUUUCCUUGGAAUACUAUAUGGGAAGAACCCUUCAAAAUACUAUGAUCAACUUGGGUAUUCAAGGUGCCUGUGACGAAGCAAUGUAUCAGAUGGGUUUGGACAUUGAAGAACUUGAAGAACUCGAGGAAGAUGCUGGUCUAGGAAAUGGAGGAUUGGGAAGACUUGCAGCCUGUUUCUUAGAUAGCAUGGCUACCCUUGGCUUAGCAGCCUAUGGUUAUGGUAUUAGAUACGAGUAUGGAAUAUUCGCACAAAAAAUUAAGAAUGGAGAACAAAUAGAGGAACCAGAUGAUUGGCUUCGGUAUGGAAAUCCAUGGGAAAAAGCCAGACCAGAGUUCAUGCUUCCUGUGAACUUUUAUGGACAAGUAAUUGAUACACCUGAAGGAAAGAAAUGGAUAAACACACAGGUUAUUUUCGCAAUGCCCUAUGAUAACCCAAUUCCUGGAUAUAAAAAUAAUGUUGUAAAUACUCUGAGAUUGUGGUCGGCUAAAUCACCAGUGGAAUUCAAUCUCCACUUUUUCAAUAAUGGUGACUACAUUCAAGCUGUAAUUGACCGUAAUCUGGCAGAGAACAUUACCCGAGUGUUAUAUCCUAAUGACAACUUCUUUGAGGGAAAAGAGUUGCGAUUGAAACAAGAAUACUUUAUGGUAGCUGCAACUCUUCAAGACAUAAUACGCAGAUAUAAAGCGAGCAAAUUUGGCUCGAAGGAACAACAUAGAACAGACUUUGAUCUGUUUCCUGAAAAAGUUGCCAUCCAACUAAACGAUACUCAUCCCUCUUUGGCCAUUCCUGAACUUAUGAGGAUUCUUAUCGAUGUCGAAGGUCUUCCAUGGGAGAAGGCUUGGGACAUCACGACGAGAACUUGUGCCUAUACCAAUCACACAGUGCUUCCAGAGGCUCUCGAACGAUGGCCAACGAGUAUGCUCCAAAGUAUUCUUCCUCGACACUUGGACAUCAUUUAUCACAUAAACUUCCUUCACUUGCAAGAAGUCUCUAAAAGAUAUCCUAAUGAUCUUGAUCGUCUUCGUCGUAUGUCUUUGAUCGAAGAAGACGGUGAGAAGAGAGUUAACAUGGCGCAUCUUUCUAUUGUUGGUAGUCACGCUAUCAAUGGUGUUGCAGCGAUACAUUCAGAAAUUUUGAAAAAUACCGUUUUUAAAGAUUUCUGUGACAUGAAUCCAGAGAAAUUCCAGAACAAGACCAAUGGUAUCACACCAAGAAGAUGGCUUCUUCUGUGUAACCCAAAUCUAUCAGAUAUCAUCGAAGAAAAAAUUGGCGACGAGUGGACGGUACAUCUAGAGCAGCUGGUGCAGUUAAAGCAAUGGGCUAAAGAUCCGGUCUUCCAACGUAGUAUCAUAAAAGUAAAACAAGAGAACAAAAUGAAAGUAGCGCAAUUACUUGAAAAAGAUUAUGGUGUUAAAAUAAACCCUGCCUCUAUCUUCGAUAUUCAGGUGAAACGAAUACAUGAAUACAAGAGGCAACUUUUAAAUUGUCUGCACGUGAUCACUCUCUACAAUAGAAUAAAGAAAAAUCCAACUGCACCGUUCGUUCCGCGAACAGUAAUGAUUGGAGGAAAAGCAGCGCCAGGCUAUCAUUUGGCCAAGAAAAUUAUAAAGUUGAUUUGCUGCGUGGGGAACGUUAUAAACAACGAUCCGAUUGUUGGUGACAAGUUGAAAUUUAUCUUCUUAGAAAAUUAUAGGGUCACCUUAGCCGAGAAGAUCAUUCCAUCCGCGGAUUUGAGUGAGCAGAUCUCAACUGCUGGUACCGAAGCUUCCGGUACAGGAAAUAUGAAAUUCAUGUUAAACGGAGCUUUAACAAUCGGUACGCUGGACGGUGCCAACGUGGAAAUGGCUGAAGAAAUGGGCGACGAAAAUAUAUUCAUUUUCGGUAUGACUGUUGAUCAAGUGGAGGAGUUGCAAAGAAAGGGAUACAAUGCUCACGACUACUAUAAUAGGAUCCCAGAAUUGAAACAAUGCAUUGAUCAGAUUCAGGGUGGUUUCUUUAGUCCUAAUAAUCCAGAUGAAUUCAAAGACAUUACUAAUGUUCUACUUAACUGGGAUAGAUUCUAUUUGUUUGCUGAUUACGAGAGCUACAUUCAAACACAGGAUCGCGUCAGUAAAGUUUAUCAGGAUGAAAGUAAAUGGGUGGAAAUGGCAAUUCAUAACAUAGCUUCAUCUGGAAAAUUCUCAUCAGACCGUACAAUCGCGGAAUAUGCCCGUGAAAUUUGGGAUGUCGAGCCAUCUUGGCAACGACUUCCUGCACCCCACGAACCGAGAGACAUUUAAAUUAUACUUUACUUUUUUUUUUAGCCAAAUUAUGUUUUCGCUUAUUACGUACGUUACUGACAGUUUGUUGUUUUUUUUUUAUUUUGUUCCUUUUUUUAAAUAGAUAAAUGAAAAUUAUUCUUAAACAAGCGUGAGUAAUUUUAAAAGAGUUACCAAAUGAACCAAAUUUUCAUUUAAAAUUUUCAACUAAUUCAACAAUCAAAAUAUUAUUUUUAUUUAUCAAUUGAAAAUUAUUCACACUUGCUUAAAGAAACAAGCAUAUACUGCCUGAAAAUUAUUAACAAUUUGAUUAAUACAACUAUCGACUGAUCAACAGACAAGAAGGAAAGUUGACUUCAAGAAUAAGUUUCUCGUGUUCCUAUAUUUUAACAAAAGUUCAAAUGUAUUAAUACACUGUGACUUCAUUUUAAAGGACAAUGACAUAAGACAGUCUAGUCUAAAAAAAUAGCUAACAGAAAUAUUAAAAGUUAUCUCAAUCAUAUUUUUCUACUUGUAAAUAAAGUACCUGCAGUAAAGUUGAGGAUCAAAAUUUUAUUAUUGUUAACUAGCUGAAAUAUUAGUAACACUCGGAAGAAAAUUAUACUAAUUAUCUCGAAUUUUAAACUCUCCAUUAUAAUACUCUUAUCAAUAUCUCAUUGUAUAUUUAAUAAUGCUUAUGUUGUACGAAAGUUUUGGAAUUAAACUUUCAAAAAAUAA